UCAAAGCGAAUGGACGUUACGAAUUCGCGCAAUUCUUACAACGUGUGAAGUUGUUAUAUAUCAAAUUAAGUACUUAUUUCUUGAAAUACAAAACAAAUAUUGUGAUGGAAAAUUUAUGAUUUUAUUAAACAUUAAAAGAUAAAAUGUUUUGUGAGCGAUUGAAAACUGAAAAAUCUAUUACAAAAACCGAUUUGACAAGCUGAUGAUUAUUUAAAAGUUCAAACAAAUAAGAAAAAUGAAUACAAACGGAACAACACAAACUAGGAGUAAUGGUACAGCAGAUGGAACCUUCGUGGAAAUGGAUGAAAUGCAGAAAAAGGAGGAAGCAGACCCUAAUGGAGAGAUAGUCCAUGAGAAGUUGGAGUAUGAGCCGAGCGGUUGGUUCGAGCUGACGCUGAACAAAGCAGGCAGCUCCACUGAGGACUUCCUAAAGAAGAACAGCUCUGCUAUGAAGACGAUAGCCGUCUUUGUGUUAAAUGGCCUUGUUAUUGGGUUCUUUUUCGGAUGUCUAUAUUACUGGAUGAAUCAUAGUAACAAGCCUUUAGAACUUUGCCAUGGAUUCGGAAGUCUGAUAGCCUUCCUCAGUAUAGUUUACUUCUUCGUGAUUUACUUCCUCGUGGUGAAGAGGUACUUCGGCGAGUGGUUCGAGAAGACAGUAUGGAUAAGAAUCGAGACGAUAGCUCAUUGUCUUUGGAAAAAGAUAUGGUUCCGCUGGUGUUUCUCUGUGGGCGUCCUGGCUGCGAUUGCCGUGUUCCUCUACUUCGAUACGAGAGACGCGCCUGAAAGACUGAUCUCAUUACUUGGCCUCAUUGUUCUAUUACUAUUAGGUUUUGUAUUCUCUGCCCACCCCGGGCGCAUCAAAUGGCGCACGGUUAGCAUGGGCCUGCUGAUACAGUUUAUAUUCGGCCUGAUCUUCAUCAGGUGGGACUCCGGCAGGCUCGCUCUGCAGUGCUUCUCUGAUAAGGUGGCCACUUUCCUGUCGUACGGUGUAGAAGGCGCUGCGUUCGUGUUCGGUGACCUUUUAGUCAGGACUGAAGGAGUCUUUGCUUUCAGCACGCUGCCAGUGAUCUUCUUCUUCAGCAUGCUGGUGGAAGUGUUGUUCUUCUGGGGUGCGCUGCAGUGGUUUUGCCUGCGGCUGGGGCACGUGCUGCGCUCCCUCACCUCCACCACAGUCUGCGAGAGCGUAAUUUCCGUCGCUAACGUCUUUCUUGGACAGUCGGAGUCGGUGUUGAUAAUCAAGCCGUACCUUGCGCUGCUCACCCCCUCCGAGAUACACGUCGUGAUGUCUUCAGGCUUCGCAACGGUAUCGGGUACAAUCCUAGCAGCAUACAUAGCAUUUGGCGCGGAGCCGGCGCACCUGGUGACAGCGAGCGUGAUGUCCGCGCCCGCCGCGCUCUGCUACGCCAAGCUCAUGUUGCCGGAGACGCGUCGCAGCCGCACCGCCGUACACAACCUGCAGCCCGUUGAAAUUGAGGACCAAUCCGCACUAUCAGCUGCGACGCGAGGUGCGACCAAUGGCGUGGCUCUGAUCAUGAACAUCAUCGCUAACUUGGUGGCCUUCGUUGCGGUGAUCGCCUUCCUGAACGGCGUGCUCGGCUACUGCGGCGGUCUGCUCGGCAACCCUGACAUCAACCUCGAAUGGAUUUUCGGCAAGAUCUUUAUACCGCUCUGCUGGCUCAUGGGCGUGCCGUGGGAGGAAUGCGAGCACGUCGGCACACUUGUGGGCCUCAAGACAGUGGUCAACGAGUUUGUCGCCUACCAGCGUAUGGGCGAGAUGAAGAAUCAAGGCUUGUUAUCGUCUCGAGGCGAGCUGAUAGCGACAUACGCGCUGUGCGGGUUCACCAACCCGGCAUCUGCAGGCAUCAUGAUUGGUGCCAUCUCCGCCAUGGCGCCCGCACAGCGAGAGACACUCUCCAGUGUGGCAGUGCGAGCGUUUUUCACCGGUUGCGGAAUCUGCUUUAUGACGGCUUGCAUUGCGGGUCUGCUGAUGCCGGAAGGAUCAUUCGGUUAAACCUACAAAAUAGCUAAUGACUGUUUUAUAAUUUCUACAAACUCCCACUCGACGCGUGAGAUCGCCAACAGCAAAAUAAAUUGUAACGCAAUGGAAGCCACUUUUCAAAUCUCCCUCUUCUCUACACUCGCCGUCAAAAACUUAUACCCUAUUAACAUAAUCCUUUCUAUAUCAAAAAUGUAUGUGAAACCAAAUGUAUAUAAUAUAUUAAAUGGUAAUAUAUGCACCUAUAAAAUAUCGUAUCACUUACCAGUAAAAUAACUAACAGUGGUUAAAAGAUAAAAUAACAAAUUCAAGCCAAUAUAACACGCAUUCAUUGCCAUAUAAAAUAUUAUUCAUAAGCCGAAUAUAUAUCAAAUAAAAUUGUGCUUUUUAUUAAAAUGUAAUAGAUUUUCAAUAACAAAAUUGUAGAACUUACAACAUUACAAAUUGUGCAAUAAAAACAACUAUUUUUAAUUUAUUAUGAAAUAAAGUGUACAUAAAUAUUUUGACUUCAGAAACCCCAAGUAUUAAGGGUAGGUUUCAACUUAAAAUACCCCAAUUUAACAUUGUUACGUUAUACGUCUGCAUAUAAUAAUAAUUGCAACGUUAUAU